GCUCUGACAGUGACGGAGAAAUCCCAGCCAAUCUAGAGGUGGCUUUCGGAAUAUGGGGCACGUGUGUGAUGAUCCAGAACCGCACGGUCAGUGAAACGCUACGCAGCUUCCUCAUGCAGUCGGCGAAUCUACAGCCCGGAAUGUACUCGGGGGCUGCCGAAGCCACGUUUACCUGCGCGUCGUUCUUCCAGGAAGGUGUGGUGGGUAUUCACUGCGAGGCUGCACAUGGAUUCUCCGAUGCAACAUGCUCGCGGUCCGAGCGCUCGACAAAUAGCAGUCUUUGUGCAGCGGAGGAUCCGGUCGACAUGCUCCUGCUGGCAUGGGACGAAGACCAAGACCGAGGAACGGCUCACGCGUCUGCUGGUGAACGACAACAAGUGGCAGAGUGGCUAGGCAGGUUUCUACCAGACAUGUGCGGCGCUCCAGGCCACGCGACAGUCGUCCUGUCAGGAAUGGCCACGACGUGUUCAGGACUCACACUGGUGUUGAUCCUUGUCGGCGUUGCUUUCGACAGCCUCCAGUCGCGUCUUGUGCACGGUGGAGCGAUGGCUGCGUUGGUCGCUGGUAGUCUACAGGCGGCGCUGAUAGGCGUGUGGAUGUUCGAGACGCAUGUGCUACACCACGAAGGGAACCACUUCGGUACUGCCUUCUAUCUAGGUGUUGCCAGUACUGUGGUCCAAGCGAUGACGUACUUUGUUGCAAUGCGUCACUUGCGCAUCGAGAAGGACACGUUGGUGGAGCUUGGUCUACUGGAAGACGACGACGAGUCGAUCGAUGAUAUCUUCAAGACGAAAAAGCUGGCGGACGACUGGGACGACGAGGAUAGCGACAUUAGACCAGCGUCGCCUAGAAAAGAGGACGCGGCAAGAAAAGUUGAGCGGGUUGUGUAG